AACUUUUCGCCUGCUGAGAUGACAGAGGCUACAGGUGUAGCCUCAACGCCGCAGUCUGCAUUUCGCCUGCACAUUCGAGGGCUUUGCGAGGAAUUUACGUUUGAGGAGGUUUCGCAGAGAUUUCGACAAUUUGGGAGAUGUGUGUCGAUGGAGGUGGUUCCGGAGAGAGAGUUUGGAUAUGUUCAAUUGGAAGACUCUUCUCCGGAGCAGGUGAAACAGGCUAUUCGCGCGUUUUCAAACGUGCGUUGGAAGGGACAUAUAUUGGUGGCCUCGCUAGCCAAGCCAAAGUACAUCGAGAUGUUGAAGGAGAGGUGGAAGCGGGAUGAAGAAAAGGCUAGAAAGGAGAGAGAAGUUCAGGAGGUCAAACGACAGAGGAAGAUGUUGGUGGAGGAGGUUUCGCCCGCGGAGCGAAAUGAGACGGAUUACUUGUCAGAUGAAUUUCGCCCGUCUUUGCCUGAAAAUUGGGUUAAGGUGCCAAUUGGGGUUGGGAGGUACUUGCCGGUGAUGAACUUGGGCUAUCAGUUUGGAUUUGGAGAUGUGACAGUGAAUCCGAGGGAGUUUUUCAAAUCCAUUAAGCUAUUGCAUUAUCACGUUCGUGAUACCGUGGUGAAAAAGUUGAUGUAUAGGAUGAGCAGGAGGACCAUUGAGAGGGCUAGAAAAGAGCACCGAAGAGAGGCAAUGGAAAUAUUGAAAAAAAUGCGCAUUGCCAUUGAAGAGAAGCUUGCAAAUGAAAAAAAAAACAGAGCAGAGCAACGAUACCAGGUGAUGCGGACGAUGGGGGCUUUGAGGAAGAAGAAAGCGCAUGCAGGAACACGGCGAGUCUAGGAAUUUGCCCGUGCACGUAGGGCCGGUCGAUGUAAAGUGGCGAUGAGGGAGUGUUCCUAAAAAAGUGUACGCACGAUGUACAUAUGAUGUACACAGAAGCAGAAGGAGGUUUUGAGAGCGCUCGCGAUCAAUUUUGUUGGGCUCAUUUUUUUCACAGAUAUUUCAGAGGGCUUGCUUUUUGCGGGGCGGAUUCUUCGCCCUGUUCUACUCAUUUUUCGACUCACGCGGCGAUUUUUGCGGCAGGAUGGAAGAAGAAUCCCCGCAAAUUGAUUGGUCAUCGAAGCGCAUCCCGGCCAAUAGCGAAUAUGCGUACUCCGAUUUGGUCAGAGACGAAGAUGAAAAAAUUUUUUGCAUGUUGAAGGAAGGAGUUUAUCGUCCAAGUGCGCCGUUCCGUUUCCUUCCGGAGAGCGAGAGUGAGCCCGUCUUGACGCCCGAGAUAAGCGCGUUUUUGUCGCCGUUCGUGUCGAAGCCCUUGCCGGCGCGGCCCGCGCCGAAGGGACCGGUCAGUAGGCAGGAGUUUGUGGCAAUUUUUUCGCAUUUGUACAGGUUCCGAACGGACGCAGCGGUCGCAGCUCAAGGCAGGGUGCAAGAAGCGCAACUGAGCGAGGCUGCGGAGGGGUUCUAUCGAGGCGAAAAAAAUUGGGUGCAGGUUUACAAGGAAUGGGAAGAAGCGCGGUCUCAACUGGUUCGACUGGCACGUCAGAACCACAAGUACGCUCGGUGGAAGUUCAAGCAAAAGGAGAGCAUCAGGAGUCUGAAGCAGAGACAGAACAGGCUGGCGAAGUGACGGACAAGGCCGGGCGAAAAUGAGGGGUGCCAGCGCGUACAGUGAGUACGCUUGUGCGCGUUAUUGUGAUUGAUAGAGGACGCGGUGCGUGUGUGAGAGAAGAUGUGUACGAUACGAUGACAGGUA